AUGAAUCUGCGCUACCUCCGCUACCAACUGGUUUUCACACCUACAGCUGUCUUCUUCUUCUCCCUGCUCACUAUGAGCGUGAUCUUGAUCAUGACUGUCGAGCGAGAUAACCUGCAUUUCAUCUGUGAUGAUCGGGUGCUUCGGGCGAAGCUGCCAAGUAUCGGAGGCAGGCGCAUGAGGUCUGUGCGUAUCCCGAGCUCGAAAUCUUCCCGUCGGCCAGACUCGAUUCCUGGCACACGUCCAAUUCCUCCGCGGUCAUUCUCGACUAGCCUUUACACCGGUCGCACCCUGCCAUCUCAAUGCAUGCCAUUUUCGAAGUCUCGUCUUAAACACCUACAAUCACUGCCUCACAUCCCGGUUCUGAGCAUGCGGGCCCGUACGUUAUCGGUCACCGGCGGCCUAACCCUCACACGGACUCCGACCAUUUCCGUCUGCACCCAAUGCCUUCGCGAUGACCUCUACACCACACAGAGUUUCGGUCAGACGCGGAAAUUCCGCACCGGUCGCCGAACAGAUGCAUCUCCCUUUGGGGCAGCAGCCACUGCUGCUCAGGCAAUCUUCAAGGGCUUGCCCAAAGCACCUCCGGGCGUCUCAGUUGAUCCACUGCGAAUGGUGGGCAAGGAAUUGAAGUUCUUGAGUGGUAACAUUCGCCAAUUGCUUGGCUCAGGGCAUCCUGCGCUGGAUAAGGUUGCCAAGUACUACACCCGCAGCGAGGGAAAGCACAUGCGGCCUCUCUUGGUGCUGCUGAUGUCACAGGCAACGGCCGUCGAUCCGCGAAAAGACCUGACAAGAACCCCUAACACUGCGCCGGUUGACAUCUCGCUCAGUCCACUUAGUAUUUUGGAAGACACGAACCCAGACACAGAUCGCCUUGUGCCCGAGCCCCCAAAGACUCAAAGCUUUGUCGGCGACGAGAACAUCCUACCAAACCAGCGUCGGCUUGCUGAAAUCACCGAGCUGAUUCACACUGCCUCCCUCCUUCACGACGAUGUAAUCGAUAAUGCAGAGAUGCGCCGGGGCAGUGCUUCAGCAAACAUUGAAUUUGGAAACAAAAUGGCGGUGCUGGCCGGUGAUUUCCUUCUUGGUCGCGCUUCAGUCGCGCUGGCACGACUGUUGGAUCCCCAAGUCAUUGAGCUCAUGGCUACGGUGAUCAACAAUCUCGUACAGGGCGAGUUCAUGCAGCUGAAGAACACUGCCAAGGAUGAGGCCAAACCAGUGUACACCGACAACACCGUGGAGUAUUACCUACAGAAGACCUAUCUGAAGACUGCCAGUCUCAUCAGCAAGUCCUGUCGCUCUGCCGCCGUGUUGGGUUGCAGUGCACCGGAGGUUGUCGAGGCUGCGUACGCUUAUGGUCGCAAUCUCGGUCUCGCUUUCCAGCUGGUGGAUGACAUGUUGGACUAUACCUUGACGGAAGCUGAGCUAGGCAAGCCAGCGGGAGCCGAUUUGGAGCUGGGACUGGCUACUGCUCCGCUUCUCUUUGCCUGGAAGAGCAACCCUGAGCUUGGUCCCAUGGUUGGCCGCAAGUUCGGCAGAGAAGGGGAUGUGCAACGGGCCCGCGAACUGGUAUACCAGAGUAACGGUGUUGAGCAAACCCGAGCGCUCGCUCAGGACUAUGCCGAUAAGGCUGUCGCUGCCAUCAGCGAUUUCCCUGACAGCGACGCCAAAGCUGGAUUGAUCGAAAUGGCCGAGAAGACCAUGAAGCGACGGAAGUGA